UGAAUGGAAAAACACAACCUCACAGUGGUACAUGAAUUCAUUCUGAAGGGUAUCUCCUCACGUCCUGAGCUGCAGAAUAUACUCUUUGGGCUGUUCCUCAUCAUCUACAUGAGCACACUGGUGGGCAACUUGGGCAUGAUCAUCCUCACCAAGGUGGACCACAGGCUCCAAACACCCAUGUACUUUUUUCUCAGACACCUGGCUAUUACAGAUCUUGGUAAUUCUACAGCUGUGGGCCCCAAAAUGUUGGUAAAUUUUGUGGUGGAUCAAAAUACGAUCAACUAUUAUUUUUGUGCUACACAACUAGCUUUCUUUCUUUUUUUCAUUUAUUGUGAACUUUUUAUUCUGUCAGCAAUGGCCUAUGACCGCUACAUGGCCAUCUGUAAUCCUCUCCUCUACACAGUCAUCAUGUCACAAAGGGUAUGUCUCUUGUUGGUGGCAAUCCCCUAUCUCUACAGUACUUUUUUAUCUCUUCUAAUCACCUUAAAGAUUUUUACUUUACCCUUCUGUGGCUACAAUGUCAUCAGUCAUUUUUACUGUGAUAGUCUCCCCUUGCUAUCUUUGCUUUGUUCAAACACACAUGAAAUUGAAGUGAUAAUUCUGGUCUUUGCAGCUUUUGAUUUGAUUUCCUCUCUUUUGAUCAUUCUUGUGUCCUACCUGCUCAUCCUCAUAACCAUUCUCAGGAUGAAGUCUGCUGAGGGCAGGCGCAAGUCUUUCUCCACCUGUGGAUCCCACCUGACAGUGGUCAUAGUGUUCUAUGGGACUUUGAUAUUCAUUUAUUUGCAGCCAAAUUCAGGUCACUACUUUGACACUGAUAAACUGGCUUCCAUAUUUUACACCCUGGUCAUCCCCAUGUUGAAUCCCUUCAUCUAUAGCUUGAGAAACAAAGAUGUAAAAUAUGCCCUACAGAGGACAUGGAAAAAGAUGUGGAAUAUUUUUUCUUAA